AACUAGCAGCGUCUAUUGGCCACACUGCAUCCACAAGAGCGUCAUGGCUUCCAUCUCCGCUCCGACCCCAACUCCUCACAACCUCACCUUCUCCACCCCGAAAUCCUACCCCUCCUCCGCGAAAUCCCCAUUCUACCCUUCCUCAUCCUCCAGGUUCUGUCUCUGCCGCUGUCGCAACCCUUCGUCCGACUCCGUCCGGUGGAGGUGGGACUCGGCGCUCCAGGACCUCGUGAAAACCGCGAUGAAGCGCCUCGAUUCCUACGUCAAUUCGAACCCACAGCCCGACGAGGAGCCUGACUGGGAUUGGGAUCGGUGGCGUCAGCAUUUCCUGGAGGUGGAAGAAGAAGAGCGCCUUGUCUCCAUUCUCAAGGCGCAGCUGGGUCGCGCUGUGAAUGUGGAGGAUUUUGAGGAUGCUGCGAGGCUCAAGGUUGCCAUUGCUGCCGCUUCCACAAACGACGUCGUCGGCAGAGUCAUUUCUCGUCUCAAUACAGCUCUACAGGAAGAGCGUUACCAGGAAGCUGCGUUUUUUCGAGACAAUGCCGCAGCUGGAUUGGUGGGUUGGUGGGCUGGCAUUUCAAAGGAUAGCAAGGAUCCUCACGGCCUCAUUAUACGAGUCACUGCAGAGCACGGACGAUAUGUCGCAAGGAGUUAUAGCCCUCGGCAGCUCGCUACAGCUGCAGCUGGUGUUCCACUGUUUGAGAUAUUUUUAACAGUGAAUAAAAAGGGUGAAUACAGACAGCAGGCUGUGUACUUAAAGCGGGGAGGAGUAUUUCCAGAUUUUCCACAAGGAAGCUCCAAAGCAAUGGAUACCUUGAAUCCUUUAGAUUCAACUGGAGAAAAAAACGAUAUAUUUCUUGGAGGCAGUGCUGAUACUGAAGAUGGUGAUGAUAUGGAUGAUGAUUUGGAUCUUUCUGAGGGGCUCUCUGGAUUUCAGAGCAUCUUGAGGGAUAUGAUUCCUAAUGUGAAGGUCAAGGUUUUGAAAGUAACCGCACCAGGAAACGUAGAUCGGGAUUUAAUAUCUAAAGUGAUUGAGCAGAUCAUUGAGGAAGAUGAUGAAGAUAAAGAUGAUGAAAUCGAGAAUUCAGAUGCUGAAGAUGAGGACGAAGAUGAAGAAAAGGUUGAAGGUGAUCAAGAAAUAGAUGUGAUUGAGCUGGAUGCUGAUCCUGCAAUUAUUCAAAAUGCAGGGAGACAAGAAAUUGCAGUUAAAGUUGUUUUUGGUGGUCUUGGGCAGAAAAUAUCUAACAUCCCACCUAGUAAAAAUUUACUCCGAGUCCCUGCUAAAAUAGAGAAGAAGGGGCGUUCAUCCUUUUCCUUUACUGUUGAGAAAGAUAUUAAUCAACAGCAUUCUCGUGACAAGGAACAAAGUUCAGGAGAUAAAAAAGUGAAACUUGGAGGUCAACCUAGCAUCGAUAAUGUUAUGUUUGAUCUUUCUAAGGUCAUUGGAAGAGAGAAGAUACCAUUAAAGGUACUCAAAGAUGUUGGUGAGCUGAUAAAUCUCGCUCUCAGUCAAGUUCAUAAUCAUCAACCAUUGUCAGGAUCCACUACUUUCAAUCGCAUUGAAAUGCCUGUUUCUCAAGAUCCAUUAAACGGACUAUACAUUGGCGCACAUGGGCUCUACACCUCAGAAGUUAUUCACCUGAGACGUAAGUUUGGCCAAUGGAAAGAAAAUAAUGGGACUAAGGAGGCCUCAAACCUCGAGUUUUAUGAAUAUGUGGAAGCCUUAAAACUUACUGGGGAUCCUUAUGUACCAGCUGGCCAGGUGGCAUUCCGUGCAAAGAUUGGCAAAAGAUAUCAGCUUCCUCAUAAAGGGAUCAUACCAGAAGAGUUUGGAGUGGUUGCUCGAUAUAAAGGACAGGGGAGGCUUGCUGAGCCAGGGUUUCGUAAUCCUCGAUGGGUUGAUGGUGAACUUGUUAUUCUUGAUGGAAAGUACAUUAAAGGAGGACCUGUUGUUGGGUUUGUUUAUUGGGCCCCAGAGUAUCAUUUCUUGGUGUUCUUUAAUCGACUGAGGCUUCAAGGCUAGGUUCAUUGUACAUAAUGCUCAAGUUGUUGAUAUCUUUUCUUCGCAAUUUUGUAGGUUUAGAUAUGAAUUACAUCUACAAAGGGCUACAUAUUCAAUGCUUAUUCAACUGACUGGUGCACAUGCAAGCAUGCCAACUCAAAAACGAUUACUGAAAGCUUUGGACUGCAAUAGAUUAGAUAAUUGCCUUCUUUGAUCCUGUUUCUGGAAAAUCGUUUUCUGUCAUUGUAUGUCUAACCUCUGUUGUUUUGUCUAAAGUAAAAUGCACAUCAGUGAUGCUUUUGUGCUGUCUUUCUUCCAGUGCCGCUGUAGUAAUUCUAAUUUGGAGAUGCUAUUAGGACUUGAUAAAAAUUUAACCAAUAUAUUGAUGGGUUUCAUUCCUGUAUAUAUUAGGUUUGUAUAUAUCUAUGCAUGUUAUUAGAAACCAAAGUAUUUUUUUGGUUUAUUGCAUUGACAUUAUUCCUUU